AUGGCCGACGAUACCCGGCAGCCAAACGGUCAGCCCAAGGGCGCCAUCCAAGAGGACCUCUCCUGCGAAGCUCUCACCGCUCACCCCGAGAACAAACCCUUCGAAGGCCAACAAUGGCAAGUCCAAAAUGGCAAGACCAUGCCAUACAAACCACCCGAGAACGCGAACAUGAUGCCUGGAGGGACACAGCACACAGCAGGUGGAGAGACUCCCGAGGUGAAUCUGUAUAAUGCGUUGCAUGUUGGGCAGCCUAUAACGGAGAUACAUAAACGGCCUUGCGUAAGGGACGCGCUUUUGACGGGAAUUGGGGGAGGCUUUGCGACAGGCGGAGUCAGGGCGAUCUUCGGAGCCCCAAUCUUCAAAGCCUGCAACUGGGCAGUUGGGACAUUCUGCGUCGGAGCGGGAAUCAUGUAUCAGACCUGCAUGUAUAAACGGCAGGCGGAGAAGGAGGGGAUGAUGAGGGCUGUGGAGAUUUUGAAUAAGAAGGAGAUGGAGAAGAAGGCGAGGGAGCAGAGGAAGGAGGCGAUGAGGGAAGAGAGACGGCAGGCCAAGGAGAAGGAGCAGGAUGCGCAGUUUGCGGCGUUGAACAUGGCGGCACCGAGUGGGAACAAUGGGAAACCGUGGUGGAAGAUCUGGUGA